AUGGCACAGGAAACUCAACCAGAGCAGGCGACGCCUACCAACAACACUACCACUACCGCCAACGCCAACGCCAAUGCCAAUGCCAAACCCGGUACCACCGCCGGUGCCGGUGCUAGCACCACUCCUAUCGCUUCCAAGGAGCACUGCGACGACCACAGGCUCGUCCUCGUUGUCGCCGUCCUCAUCGUCGGCGUCGUCUUCACGGUUUACUACGACGCCUUGUACUAUUCGAGCGGCGCGUUCCUCAUCCACAACAAGGCAGGCGGCGAUGCGGCCGCGGGUGAUGGGAGAGACGUGAUCCUGCACGAGGACGAGAACACGCUGCUUGUUCCGAGGGAUGUGAUGGGCGCUUGUACCGAGAACCAGGAUAGCUGCAAGGCUUAUAAUAAACCUAACAUCUGCUGUCCAGAAGGCAUGAUCUGCCACUCCUCCACCUUCUCCCCGUCCGGUAUAUACUGCUGCCCCUCGAACUCACCCUGUCUCGAGACGAAGAACCAGCCGCCAACCUGCGAGAGCUCGGCCAGCGCGUGUGGCGAGCACCUCGGCGGCGGGUGCUGCCCACACGGGACGCAGUGUGCCGCCGACGGGUGUCUGAAAGUGUACCGAGCGGCGCCCGGGUUCGAGGCGUCCAGUGUGCUGAGCGGGACCCAGAGCCCUCCGUCGCCCGUGGCCACGAGAACGACCACCACGACCACCACAACGAAAAGUGGUCAGGGGCCCACGGCAUCGCCAACUGACGGCGUUACGGUUACCACGCCCAAGAUCGGCGAGACGGCGCUGAGCGCGGCGCCGGAAGGCCCGAGACCGAAGUUUGGGUUCAGUAGCUGUGCGUCUCUUGAGGUUUGCGCUUUGAGCUGCGCCGCUGUGUUUGCGUAUUUUAUGGUUUGGAGGGGGGUUUGA